CGUCACAUGCUGUGGUCAAUUCUAAGCACAUAAAUUCGAAAGAUAGGUUUGACAGAGUUAUUGUAGCUGAUCAGCGUUUUAAAAAUCCCAUUAGCCGAAGUGGGGAAUUCAAACAAAAGAGCUGAAGAUAAAUCUAAAGGACCCAUUUUGCUGUCAGAGGCAGUGAUCGGCAUAGCGUGCUGCAGAAGACCCAAUUCAGAAACAGCAGCACACAAAGGUUGGAGCAAGGCCUGAAGAUGCUGCCAGACCUGCUGAGGUUCUCAAUCGAAAACGUUUGUUAAGUUGAGUAACUUUUCUCAACUUUUCUAAGAGUUCAGGUCUAACUAAGACUGGGUUUUUGAGGAGAACAGACCACCAUCCAUGGCUUCAACAACAACUGGAAUUGGCAGCAAUGAAGACUUUCUCUUUACAACAGUUCUUGACUACAGCCAUCUGUAUGACUAUGACGAAGAAUCAAGUGGAAUGUGCAGGAAAUCAGAUGUUAGACAGUUUGCUCAGCAUUUCACACCACCUUUCUACACCAUUGUGUUCCUGUUAGGCUUCGUUGGGAAUAUUCUGGUAGUAGUGAUAUAUGCUCUUUACAAGAGAUUGAGAAACAUGACAGAUGUCUAUCUUCUGAACCUGGCUAUUGCAGACCUCCUCUUCCUCUGCACUCUACCAUUCUGGGCUCUAGAUGCAAGAUUCGGAUGGAUAUUUGGAAACUUCCUGUGCAAAACAGUUAGGGGCUUUUACAAAAUAAACUUCUUCAGUUGCAUGCUGUUGCUGACUUGCAUCAGCAUCGAUCGCUACAUCGCCAUUGUAAAAGCAGUAAAGGCACGCGUCUCAAAACAGAAAAUAUUUCUUCACAGCAAACUAAUCUCUCUAGUGGUCUGGGUGACUGCAGUAUUGUUAUCGCUCCCCGACUUUCGUUACAGUUCGCAAAACGAGAGCCAACAGAGCUGCUCAACAAACUAUCCUGGGAACAUCCUGAAAGUAGCAGGGCUGGCAAUGCAGAUUACUGUUGGGUUUUUCCUGCCUUUUGCUGUCAUGCUGUUCUGUUAUUCCACAAUCAUUUGGAAGCUGCUCCAGGCCAAGAGCUUUCAGAAGCACCGAGCUAUAAAGUUGAUAGGGACAGUGGUGAGCGUUUUUGUCCUUUCACAACUACCAUACAACAGCAUGAUGAUCGUGAAAGCCAUGGACGCUGCCAAUAUAACAAUAACGGACUGUGAGACGCUUAAGAAUGUGGACAUUGCUACCGAGAUUACACAAAGCAUAGCCUUCCUGCACUCCUGCCUGAACCCGUUCCUCUAUGCAUUCCUCGGCGUUAGAUUCCGACAAGAUUUGUUGAGAAUUAUGAAAGAUAUAGGCUGUGUGGGCCAACGGCAUCUCAGGGAAGCCAGCAGACCGCAACAGACCAUAUGGAAACGCAGCUCUGUUCAUUCAGAAACAGACACAACAGGGACAUUGUCCUUGUAAACACCAUUCAUAGAAGUUGCAAGUCAGGAGCACAAAUAUUUGCAGAAUUCAUCUCUUUGUUGAAUCAAAACAUCUGCACCUGAAAGGCCAGAACAGCUGAAGAGUGUUGUUUUAGUUAUUUUGUCCCCCCCCCCCCAACUCGACUCGAAGUUUACCAAUUAGAUCUGGGCAAGCAGUUUUCAGAGCGACAACUAGAGUGCAACUGGGGAAAUCAUUCUUCUUGUUAAAGUCUCAAUCGAACCUCAAACUUUGGAACUCAUUUGCAGAAAACCAAAAGUAACAUUCGGCAGUGUGGUGACAACUUGCAAGGACUGAAUCAGCAGAACCGUGAACAGAAGAGAAACUGGUUAGCACUUACAAUUCCCCCACUAUGACAAGCGCCCCCGUUAUAACUGUCAGCAACAUACACACACAAAGUAAUUUCACACGAUAAAACUGUCGGCGAUUUCACCGUGGCUGGGACGCUCAGAAAAGCUCCCCUUGGUUAACGAUGACGGAAAAAAAUGAAAUGGCAACCAUUAUUUAAAAUAAGAGAGAUCAUAAUGAUGAGUGAAGUGACUCUUGGAUUGAAAUUUAUGAAUUAUUCAUUGAGAGCUUUACUUUUUUGUUUAGCAUUAAAAUGCCUGAAUAGGAAGUUAGAUUUGGAACUAUUUUAAUAUUUUAAAUUUUGUGCAUUAAAAUGUGUUUUAAUAACAUGCCAGUGACUUGUAGCAAACUUUGUUCACUGGCUGGAAGAAAGUUAUUUUUAAAAGUUCUAUUCGGUAAUGCACUGUGCAGAAGAUUAUGAAGAUGCUGGGUGUAUGUAAUAUUGAAUGGGUCAGGUGUUUAUAGACAGGUACAGUAAGGAAUUGAACUAUCUAUAAACCAUUCUCUUGCAGAAGGUUAGAGGAAAUUUCAUCAAUAUAAGCUUGCAUACCACCAGCAUUAUGGUCGCUUGACCAUCUCAUACUGAUUUUAAAUGUACCUUGUUUUUAAUGAUGUUUUCUUCAAUACUUUGUAAGAAUUCCAAAAACUUACUCUUGUAUUUGUGUAUAUGUUGACAGUAAAUCUGUGAACUGGA